GGCGUUGCGCCAGAAAUAGCGAUAACUGCCUUUCUCCUCGGGUGGGCCGAGAUAUCUGGGAGGGAGGAACCGAAACCAUGGAGCGGAAAUCAUGGCAGAUGCGAACUUGAAAGGGGUCUGCUUGUUACGGCUGCUGCAGGUGUUCUGAUGUUUGAAGGAAUGGCGUUACUACUCUUCUUGUUGCUCCUGUGGAGCGAAAAAUCGUUUGCUGAGACAAACAAAUACUUGAAAAUGUCGUCCCUCUGCGCGCCAAACGCGCACAAGCACGUACAGCCCUUGAAGAUAGACGGAGCCGUCUUAACUUCCGAGGAGGACUUCCACGCAGACUCUUGUACUACGACCUUCCAGACAGACUCCAUCCUGCAGAGGUUAAUGCUUCGCUUCGAGCGUCUCGCUCUCAACUGCGACACCCACAUGGACAUUUUCGACGCAGCGGACGCCGUCGGGGAUCCAAAGAUAACGUUAUCCUGCGGAAAGAAUGAAUCUCAAGUGGGCACCAUUCAGAUGCAAAGCAACUUCGUCACCUUGAAAUACAGGACGAAGUCCACCUUCAGAGACAGUGGCUUUAAGCUAAUUCUUACUUCGUACCGUCCCAAACUUCUGCCUGGCGUGAACGACAAACCUCAUUGUGGUGGAUUCGAAUGUCGCAAUACGGGCUUUUGCAUCUCCAGUGACCUCAAGUGUGACGGUGUCAACCACUGCGAUGACGACAGCGAUGAAGCUGACUCAUGUGCGAACAACGAGAAAACCACAAGUACGCGAAUCCUACAGACAUCCCCCGAAAGUACGACAUUCGUGGAAUUCCCAACAACGUCACGAGAAGACGUAACAUCAUCUACUUACGACACAAUAGAGUCGGUACAAAGUACUCCAAGGAGACAAGAGGCGGAUAGUUAUGAGCAAGAGACGUGCGAGUCGUGGAGGGGUGGAAGGCUGGACACGAUUCUCGGCGGUAUUGGGAUCCCUACGCACGUGUGUUACGCUGGUUAUUUUGUUUACGGUACAAUAAAGUCCCUCUUCGGCUAUUGAACGAACAAAUCAAGGCGUGAGAGAGACAGCAGUCUAUCCGCCAUCUUGGGCAUCUUCCAUCUUCUAUGCUCGUGCUAUGGACCAUGCGACUCCAAGUCUAGUCUACAAAAUAUGAUGUUUUAGAUAGAGGGUUUACUCAACCAUCAAGAUCCGCAAUGCUCACAAUAUCUCAAGCAGGCGAUUGGUGCUCCUAUUCAACAUCUACAGCAGCUGGCUGCAGCAUUGCCUUUUUUUUCUAUAUCUGCUUUUCCCUCCUUAGUCGUACGGAAAGAUAUGAGUACGUUACACGGGUACGAAAACGGCCUAAUGGGCUUGAGAUCGCAACACACAGCGGUACGCAAAAGUCUCAUCGGAGUCCUACAUUCUUUUCGUGCCCCGCGCAUGAAAACGACGAAUGCCCGCAAGACCAAAUUGUGGAUGUUCUUCCUGACUGCCCUUAGAAAGAAACCUCAGCUGCCAUGCAGCUUGAGAAAACGAUUAAUGCUUAAUGAUUCUCGACCAUUCCAUGUCAAAUGAUCAAUAAUGCGACUGCUUAGUGCUUUAUUUCCGUCUAGUGUUUUAUGACUUACCCGCUGAGUUGUUCCUGCGCUACGAUGCGCCGCAGUACGCGUACACGUUCGCGAUGUUACCUUCAAUUUAAAAAUUAUUGAGUUCGACGAAACGUACAUCUAAGAUUUUUACAAUAAUUCUUGCUAAGAACACGGUGCAUCGAAUGACAUCUUGAUCAUGUUUCUAUCACGACCUCAUCACAUCGAAUUUUUCUAUCAACCUUCUCCACUGUCGAAUAAGACUCUUUCUAACAUGCUCCGUAUAACCUUACGUGGGCCGUUGUGUCUGCUCAAAAAGAUAUAGGUUUUCGCCAAGCACUACAGCUUUGAGGGGCUCUGCAUCCCAUAAAGUUUAAUUAUGUCAGAAAAGAACAAUGUUUUGUUGCUUUUCGAUUCAUAAGGAAUCACACACACACACAAAGAAGAGAAAUCACAUAAAAUUCUAAGAGCGCGUCGAGCGGCACCUCUGGAUCAGUUGGCAUGGAAUGGCCCCCCUCCAUCAUUACAACCAACCACGCAAAAGAGCCCUAGAAACAUGUUAACGUACAGAAGAAGCUAAACCGCAAGCCCUCUAAACAGCAUUCACAUCCCCCACCAGUAAAGAAUAAAAGAAAAAAGAUACACAGUAUAGUACGAAGCUAUGCAUGUCUACGCCGUUUUUAUCACGACCUCCUCACACCUAAUUUUUCGGUCAAAAAUUUUCAUUUUGUCGAAUUUUCACUUUUUUUUCUUUUUUUGCUGCUGCUUACAGUGCACCUGCAGGACUGAGUUUUUUCAGUUUUUUCAUGGUUAAAGUAAUUCGAUCUUCGGGCAUCAGGCGUUACACAUUCGUUCUUCCCACACCCAUGGCAUGAGAAGCUGAACUGUGAUAAAGAAUUCAGAAAGAACCAUUGAGGCCAGCCACAUAUUUUUUCCUUGUUUCUCAACGCCACUAGUCAAUGCGUGUCAUGUGUACGUUUUGAUAGUUUGUAACAUAGUCAUGUAGUCGGUAGAAUUCUUUAUGGAUGUCCACACAUUCUACCGUAUUAUUCGUUUCUGCCUUUCACCUCUAUUUGUUCCUGUAAUAAACUGGAUACGUUUGUGGCAUGAUAGCUA